AUGCUUCAAAAUAUACUGCAAGAGCAUCCAAACAGUGUUCAAAUUUAUACUGAUGCCUCCAAAACCAACAACGGAGUCGGGGUUGCAAUGAUAGUAAAUAAUCAAAAAAUAACAUAUAAACUUCCUCCCCAAGCCUCAAUAUUUACAGCAGAAGCGAUUGCAAUAUACAAAACAGCCAGAUAUUUCCACUCAGAAUGCGUAAGCCCCGAAACUAAAUGCAUAAUUCUUAGCGACUCACUAAGCAAUCUAAUAGCAAUCACAAAUACAAGUAACCCGCCCGAUACCACAAAGCUCAUCCAAGAAGAAACCUUCCAGGCUGGCAAAAAAGGGAAACAAAUCCUAUUUGUAUGGAUUCCUGGACAUAGUGGUAUACUGGGAAACAAAAUAGCGGAUAAAGAAGCUCAUAACGCAAUAGACUCAACAUCAACCACAAAUAUAAAUUCCAUCACAUUCGACGACGCGAAAAUCGUAAUCAACACUUACAUAAACAAUAAAUGCCACUCCCACUGGCGACAACUUAACACUAAACUCAAUCAAAUUAAAAAUAACACCAACCUAUGGAAAAAUUCCGGACUUAGUAGAAAAGAUGAAACCACAAUCAACAGACUUCGAAUAGGACACACACAUCUAACGCACAGCUACUUGAUGAGCAACGACGAACCUCCAUUAUGCGACACAUGCAGAGUCCCCCUAACGGUAAAACAUAUCAUCACCGAAUGCCAUAAAUACAACCAGUACCGCGAUCAAUUCCACAUCUCCGAACAAAUCUGUCAAGCACUUGGACCAAACCCACAGGACACUAACAACUUAAUUUUAUUCCUUAAAAAAUCAGAAUUGUAUAACUUAAUUUAA